AUGGCCUACGUCCAGCCCCCCUUCUACAACCCGAGCAUCCCGUUUACCGGCUCCAUCCACGGCGGCCUGCAGGAGGGAAAAUGCAUCAUCGUUAGCGGACGCGUGCUACCUGGAGCCAACAGGUUCCACAUCAACCUGCAGAGCGGUUCCGGGGCCGGGGCGGACGUGGCCCUCCACCUGAACCCGCGCUACGACGGGCAGGCCUACGUGGUCGCCAACACGCUGCAGCACGGCAGCUGGGGCAGUGAGGAGAGGAAGUUCAGCUCCCCAUUCCCCGCCGGGUCCCCCUUCAGCCUGGUGCUCAGCGUCUCACGGGACUUCUACCACAUGAACGUAAACGGGUCCCACUUCAUGGAUUACCGGCAUCGGAUCCCUUUCCAGCGGGUGGACACCAUCAUUGUGGGAGGAAACGUGGAGAUUAACUCCAUCGGCUUCCAGAACCCGGCGAUGCCGCCACACCCGGCGUUCCCAGCCCAGCCGGCGUUUCCCUCCCAGGCUGCCUUCCCCUCCUUUGCAGGAUUCCCCCCCCAGGCUGCCUUCCCAGUCCCUCAGAUGCCUGCGAGGUGUCCCCCCCCUGACGCCCUCCGUCUCUCGGCAGAAGCCCUCGGAUCCGUCAUGGCCUCUCCAGAGAUCGCCUCCGUGUCCUGGGGCCACAUGCUGGUGAAGGGAUGCCCCUCCAGCUACAAGGACUGCAAGGUGUGGCCCGGGGGCAGCCGGGCCUGGGACUGGAGGGAGACGGGGACCGAUAUCGAGGUGCGCCUCCUGCUGGCCUACAGCUGUCUGCCCUCGGCGCCGCGCCCGGCGUGGAGCGACGGCGUGGACGCGCUGACCCCGCCGGACGCCGCCGUGGAGGGAACCAUCCCCUUCAGCAAGGCAGUCAAGGUCUUCAUCAUGCCCAAACCCGCCCGCCGCUGA